AUGGCCGCCCGGGACCCACUGCGUUUCGUUAGACCAAUCAGUGUGGAUGACUCACGGCACCCGCCACGCGCGUCGCGCCUUUUUUGUUCCGAAGGCAAGACUACAAGUGAGCAAGUCGAGCACUCGCCAGAGCUGCUUGCUCUCACCCAGCCUUCCUUUCAUCUCUCACCAUCGCUGACCGGAACAGUCCUGUCGACCUGGCUGCGCGUCUCCAGGUUGUUCUGGUGCCCAUCCAUUGUUUUACUUUCGGGGAACGGAGCAGAACAGACGGAGAAGACAACCGGCAUCAUGAGCGCCAACGAGCUGGUUGAAGGCGAGGCCUUGCUGGACGAGGAGAACGACGUCGAGUACGACGAGGAGACCGGUGAGGUCAACGAGGAUGAGACCGGCGUCGCCGCUGGUGCCUACGACGACUCAAGUGAGGAGGAUGAGGACUUGGAUGACGACGAGGAGGCUGCUCGAGAGAUCCGCGAAGGCUUCAUCGUCGACGAAGAUGAAGAAGAGCUCGAGGAGCGCGAACAGCGACGUCGAGAGAGGAAGAAACGUCGAAGAGAAGAGCGCGAGCGCGAAGAUGAGGCCCUCGACGAGGAAGAUCUGUACCUGAUCGGGGAACACAAUCCCGACUUUCAGCCUCCCACCGGCACUGAGUUCAAACGCUUGAAGAGAGGCCACAAGGGCGACGCCGACCGUCAGGCUUCCCAGGGCAUCGAUGACAUGUUCAAGUCCGAUGAAGAGGAAGAAGCCGACUAUGGCAGGCCGUCCGACCGCAGGAGAGCCAUCCACGAUGAGAUGGAUGACUUCAUCGAAGAGGAUGUCUUCUCGGAUGAGGAGCGCGCGCGGGCGCAUGAAGAUG